AUGUUAUCCUCACGCGGAAAAAAGAAUGCGGACUCGUUCAAAAUCCCUUGGCGCUUUGCUGUCUCGCCGACCUAUAACAAACAAACUAACCCCGACGGCCUCAUUUGCUUCGGAAUGGCAGAACAUGGCCCUGUCCGAACUGACAUCGCCGAGUACAUAAACAACAAGGUCAAAUUCACCACCAACUCAGUCUGUUAUGGCUCAUGGGCAACUGAGCACCCGCUCCCUGCCGCUGCAGCAGCCCAUCUAAAUAGGUACUUUAACCCUCUCACGCCGGUAGAGCCCGAGAUGGUCGUUAAAGUGAACGGAUGCUCUGCGGCCGGGAACAUGCUUGCCUAUGCGCUUGCUGAGCCCGGUGACGGUGUUCUGGUGGGCAGGCCUGUGUAUGGGCGGUUUGAGCUCGACUAUGGAGUUCAGGGUGGCGUUGAGAUUGUGUAUGCGGACACUGAUCCGUACGAGGCCUUCUCGCUGGCUUGUAUUGAGAAGUAUGAGAAAGCCCUACAAGAUGCACAAGCAAGAGAUGUGAAGAUUAGGGCCUUGGUUCUGGUUAACCCGCAUAAUCCUGUCGGUCGCUGCUAUCCGACAGAAACGCUCAUAGAGAUUCUGAAGUUCUGCAACAAACACCAGAUUCAUCUUAUCAGUGACGAGAUCUAUGCGCUGUGUGUGUUUGACUCUGGAAACCCAUAUGCUCCGCUGUUUACGUCCGUUCUUUCUCUCGCUACACCGGACUUGAUUGACCUGAACCUGGUGCAUGUCCUGUAUGGGUUCAGCAAGGACUUCGCCUCUGGCGGUCUGCAUAUCGGCUUCAUAGUCUCUCGUAAUGUCGAACUCCGUCGGUCCUGCUCAGCAAUGCUGAGAUUCCACAGCAUAUCCUCAGCGGCCGAGACAAUAGGAGCUGCGAUCCUCCAAGACGAAGAAUUCGUAUCCAAGUACACUGAGAAAUCCCGUCAAGAUCUCGCCUUCUCAUAUGGAAUAACCACAUCGAUUCUCAACGAAGAGGGCAUCAAUUAUGUUAAAGGAGGAAAUGCCGGGUUCUUCGUUUACAUAGAUCUCUCGCCAUACUUGCCAAAAGAUGAUUCGUUGUCGGGCCAGGAACGGGAAUUCGCACUCGCCCAAAAACUCCUCGAUAACGGGCUGUUCUUGCACCCGGGUGAGGAGCAUUGCAAAGACCUGGGCUGGUUUAGGCUUGUCUACUCCCAUGACGAGGAUUUUCUGCGGGAGGGUUUGAGGAGACUUAUCAAGACGGUGAAAUCUCUCUAA